CUGCAAACUCUGGUUCUUGGGCAGCCCCACUCUAAGAAGGGUGUUAAGGGCAGGAGCCAGGGCUGUACCCUGAACACCCAUAGGGACCCCUACAGCAAGGCUGGGUCAAGCCUUAAAGGAGCAGCCAAAGCAGCCUGCAUGCCUGCCAUCACCUGUCUGGGUCCUCCCCACCUUCCUCUCCCCGUGAGGCCUUAGAGCCUGGUGGUGGAGGGAGUACCACCUCCCACAAGGUGGGUCAUAUACCCACACUGCCACUUCUUGUCUCUGACGAGACUUUGUUCCCCGGGAAGUGAAGGGGGAGGGAGAUUCCCACCUCUUGAAACCUGGCAGGCAGUUUCUUACAAGUCACUUCCUCUCCAAGAGUCACCUCCGUGCAGCUGGACCCACCCAAGGAGCCUCCAGAGCUCUGGCAACUCCUCCAACUCCUCCAGCCCCGUCAGUUCAGUCCACAAUUAAGGGGGGAGCCAGAAAAAAAAAAGAACCCUCAGGGAUACAGGGAAGCUACGUGGGAGGGGACACGGUCCCACAGGAUGCUCUGGAGCUAUGGGCGCCAGGGGGCAAUGGGAGGGGCGCCCCGCUCCAGGUGACAGCGGCCCGCCCCGGGGCCGUGCGAUUGGCCCGCUCUGAUCUCUGGGCGGGGCGCGAGUAAAGAAAUCCCCGCCGGACACCCCGGGACCCCAGCUUCCCGCGGAGUCCUCCUGGGCAGGACCUGGCCUUACCCGAGCUGCCACCAUGCGUGGCCUCAGGUUCUGGCUGCUCUGCGCUCUGUGGCCACAGGCAAUCACCCUUGGUUCCUCUUUGCCCCAUGUGGAGCAGUACGAUGUAGUGUGGCCCCAGAGGCUGCCUGGACCUCGUGCCCGCCGAGCCCUGCCCUCCCAGUGGGAAUUGUACCCGGAAAGCGUGAGCUAUGUCCUUGGGACUGGAGGACAAACCUUCACCCUGCACCUGCGGAAAAAUAGGGAUCUGCUGGGCUCUGGCUACACAGAGACCUACUCUGUUGCCAAUGGCUCCGAGGUGACAGAGAAGCUUCAUGGACAGGACCACUGCCUCUACCAGGGCCAUGUGGAAGGGCACCAGGGCUCGGCAGCUAGCCUCAGCAUCUGUGCUGGCCUCAGGGGCUUCUUCCAGGUGGGCUCUGCUGUCCACUUGAUUGAGCCUCUGGAUGGGGGCAGUGAGGAAGGGAAGCACGCAGUAUACCAGGCCAAGCAUCUGAAGCAGAAGGCUGGGACCUGUGGCGUCAGCAACACCAGCCUGGACAACCUCCUGGGCACUCGGGUCUUGGCAGCCUUCAGACCUCAGCCCCGGCACUGGCCGCAAUCCCAAGAGACCCGCUAUGUGGAGCUGUAUGUAGUCACAGACAGCAGAGAGUUCCAGCAGUUCAGGACCAGAGAGGCUGUGCGCAAGCGGGUGCUGGAGGUGGUGAACCAUGUGGAUAAGCUGUAUCAGAAACUGAAUUUCCGUGUAGUUCUGGUGGGCCUGGAGAUCUGGAGCAGGGACAAGUUCCACGUCAGCCCUUAUGCCAAUGUCACACUGGAGAACUUCCUGUCAUGGCGGGAGCGGGACCUGCUUAGCCGACACCCCCAUGACAACGUGCAGUUCAUCACGGGGCUGGACUUCUUCGGGACCACCGUGGGACUAGCCAGGGUGUCUGCGAUGUGCUCCCGGGACUCGGGGGCUGUGAACCAGGACCAUAGCCAGAACCCCAUUGGCGUGGCAUCCACUAUGGCCCACGAGCUGGGCCACAACCUGGGCAUGAACCACGAUGAGAAUGUCCCUGGCUGCUACUGCCCUGUGUCGUCAAUGAGCGGCGGCUGCAUCAUGGCGGGCAGCCUCAGCUCCGUAUUUCCCAGGAUAUUCAGCAGGUGCAGCCAGAGUGACCUGCAGUCCUUCAUGGAGAAGCCGCACACCACCUGCGUGGCCAACGCCCCAGACCCCGACCGGCUGGUGGGCGGCCCUGUGUGCGGGAACCUGUUUGUGGAGCGUGGGGAGGAGUGUGACUGCGGUGCCCCUGAGGACUGUCAGAACCCCUGCUGCAAUGCCACUACCUGCCGGCUGGUCAAGGGGGCUAAGUGUGCCCAUGGAGCCUGCUGCCACAAGUGCAAGGUGAAACCGGCAGGUGAGCUGUGCCGCCCCCAGAGAGACGAAUGCGACCUGGAGGAGUCCUGUGAUGGCCAGCAUUCAGCAUGCCCCGAGGAUGCCUUCCGGGAGAAUGGCACUCCCUGCCUUGGGGGCUACUGCUUUAAUGGGAGCUGCCCCAGGAUGACCCAGAGGUGUCAAGAACUGUGGGGGCCAGGUGCCCGGGUUGCAGAUGACACCUGCUUCACCUACAGCAUCCCUCCAGGCUGCAAUGGCAGGAUCCUCCCCAGCGUGGGCGGGGCCAACAGAUGUGGUGUCCUAUACUGUACAGGGGGGCAGAAGCCCCUAGAGCGUGGCUCCUGCACCUUCCCUUCCUACCAGGGCACCUGCCAAGCUCUCCUCAUGGACAGCAGCACUGAAACAUAUGAGCAAGUGCUUGAGGGCACCAAGUGUGAGGAGGGGAAGGUUUGCCAUAAAGGGCGCUGCCAGGAUGUCCAUGUCCUCAGAUCCAAGAACUGCUCUGCCCAGUGCCACAACCAUGGGGUGUGCAACCACAAGGGGGACUGUCACUGUGAUGCAGGUUGGGCCCCACCCUACUGUGCAGAGCUGCUGGCAGAUGUGCACACAGCAUCUGGGAGCCUCCCGGUCAGCGUGCUGGUAGCCCUGGUGCUCCUGGCAGCUGUGAUGGUCAUCUUGGCAGGUGUCAUCAUCCACCGCAAGCCUUGGAGCAGUGUCCAAAGGAGGAAUGUGGCACCCAAGACUAUGGGGCUCUCCAACCCUCUGUUCUAUGAGAGGGGCAGCGGUAUGCCAGUCAAGGGCAAGAUCCCAGGCACCCCAGAGCUGACCUCGACCACCAGCAACAGCCAGCCCCCCAAAUCCACCGUGACCCCGAAGAGGCCUCCUCCUGCCCCUCCAGCUGCCAUAUCCAGUGUGCCUCUUCCAGUUCCUAUCUACACCCAGCAGGUACCUGAUCAGGUCAGACCUGCUCCGCCCACCAAGCCCCUCCCAAAGCUGAAGCCCAAGCAGGUCAAGCCAACCUCCGCACCCCCAAUGCCACCAGUCAAGCCCAGGGUUGGAGGGGCCGUGCCUGGAUUGACUCAGGUGGUUGAUGGCCCAAAGGCUGCCCUGAAGCCCCCUGUGCAGAGGAGGUGACCGGCCACCUCCUGGAGCCCCGCGGGGCAUCUGCGAGCCUGUGGAGGUUUGGAGAAGCGGGGCUCCCGUGAACUGUCCCUAGCGGCCAGUGCCUCUCAGCUCAGGGCUGGGGCUGGUCCCUCAGCCGCUGUUCUGACCUCGGAAUGAAUCCGCCUGAGAGCCGUUGUCCGGCGGGGCCGGUGGCCGCAGGUGGCCACAGUCCCUCUCCCGGCCUCGGCCAGCUUAGCCCGGCGUCCGCAGCGGCGAGGCCGGGAACCGCACCCGAGGACAGGCGGCCUGACACGAGUGUCCGCGAGGGGACUGGCCUGUCCACACCCGACUCCGAGCCCGUGACUCGGGGAGGAAGAGCUCAGGACUCCGCGUCACUUCGGGGACGGGGGCAGAAUGGCUACCGGCCUUGAAACUUGGGGCGCACACUCAGGUUGAAAACUAUUUCUCAAUAAAGAGUUUGUAUUUUGCCAGUGAUCUGUCCACCAAGUUAAAGGG